AUGGUCGGCCAAGAUCAAGACCCCCACCAAGGAGGCAGCCUCUCCGACUUCGCCGUUAAAGGCACCACAAUCCCCAACGACGCCGGCAAAAUGAACACCAUCCCCUCCGUGCCACGGCCCGACCAACGUGCCGAAAACGCAGCCUUUGAGAACUCCGGCCUCGCCCAGCCCUCAACCGCCUUCGCCGCAGACAACGCCACCGACUUGCCCCGUUCCACGCGUGAUGUCGGACACACAGGCGAAGUUAUCACGGGAACGGGAGAUACGUUGCCGGCGGGUAUCGAGUCGAAGCGGGCGUUUAUGGGGACGAAUAUCCCGGGGGGAACUGGGGAUGCGCGGGGGAUGAAGCAUCAUAAUCAUAAUCGGAGUCAGUUUGAUCGGUAUGUUAAGGAGGAUGAGGAUGCGGGGGAGAAUGUUGGGGAGCAUAGUUUGCGUAAUGAGUGA